AUGGCGGCCCCGCCGGUCCUACUGGCGGCCUAUUUUCUGGGCCUUGGGGUCCCCCUCGCAUCCGAGGGCCAGACCCCGGGCAGGAUUGGAACCUCUCCAUCUUUCCCUCCUUCCUCCAUCUUCCUUCCUUCAUCGUCCAGCUCGUCCUCCGGCCCGUCCCCCCGCAGCUCUGAGGGAAGACGAGGAGGCGAUGGAGCGGGGGCCGAGAGCUCCAUCCCCGCAGAGGACGGCAGCAGCGGGCCCAGCCCCACCACCCGGGACCCCUCGCCUCGGCCCACCCCUCUCACCGAUGUUGCCGAUCUCUGUGUUUGCGAUUUGUUACUGGGACAGUGUGAUGUAAACUGUUGCUGUGAUCCUGAUUGCAGUGCUGAUGACUUCAGUGUCUUCUCUGAAUGCUCAGUUUCAGUAGUCACAGGUGACAGCCAGUUUUGUAGUCAGAAAGCUGCCAUAUAUUCAAUGAAUUUUACAGCACGUCCUCCUCAAAGGAUUUUUAAAUUAGUUGAUCAGAUUAAUCCAUCGAUUUUCUGCAUUCACAUUACAAACUAUAAAUCUGCCUUAUCCUUUACAACCCCAGAAGAUCCUGAUGAGAACAAUUUUGACAGUUUGAUUAAGCAGUUUGGUGCUUUUACUGUGAAUACAGAAUCAGACACAAUGCUCACUCCCAAAUCAGAUGGUCCAAAUGUCACUGCUAAAUAUGAGUAUGGUGUUCCACUGCAGACAGCCGAUGCAUUUCUAAGGCUUCCUUCUCCUCUUGUAUCCACACAGUGUAAUGAUGAGAAUCCUGCAGGUUUUCUAGUGAACCAAGCUGUGAAAUGUAGUAGAAGGAUAAAUAUGGAAAAAUGUGGUGAAAUACAGGCCCUUAAUAUGGCUUUCUACAGCAGCCCUAAAAUUUUGGAAGUGCCUAAUUCAAGGAAAAAGGUUGCUAUUACUGUUCAGUCCAUAGUUACACAGUCUCUGAAUCGUACACUCACUCGUCUCAGCAGUGGUGUCCUUUUGCAGCCUGAAGUCACCAGUAUUGGCAGUUUGGAAGUGUGCACAAAUGUUGUACUUGCGGCAAAGUAUAUUCUUACGUAUUCAGGUGCUGGUGUAAUAGCUAACGCUAGUGUCGCUUUUCUUCUUGGGAUAAUCAGAAGUUCAAUGGUCCCAAUUGAACAAAAGUUUGAAAUUCAUUUUAUUCAGCAAAAUGCAAAACCAGUGCCUCUCAGUGGAAAUCCUGGCUAUGUUGUUGGGCUCCCAGUAGUAGCUGGAUUUAAACCUCAGAAAGGAUCGGGCAUUAUUCGAAGUAUGAACAGAUAUGGGCAGCUUACUAUUCUCCAGAGCACAGCUGAUCAGGACUGUAUAGCUGUAGAAGGAAUUCGAACCCCGGUUUUAUUUGGUUACAAUAUGAUAUCUGGCUGUAAACUAAAACUCACCAGAGCCACAGAAUGCCAAGUAUUAGUGCAAAAAAUGAAGACUAUACUGAAAGGACAAAAUUUCCCAGAAUUUGUAGCCUCUUUUGGAAAUUCUCAGGCCCGGAGCGUGCUGGACUGGGUGCCUAUUCAUCAUCACACUCCUUCGGAAAUUGGAAAGGACUCAUGCCAGAUCCCAGUGGCAUUUGAAAUAGAAGUGAAAUGGACUAAAUAUGGAUCCUUAGUAAACCCACAAGCGAAAAUAGUGAAUGUUACAGCAAGCCUAAUUCUAUCCUCAUUUCCUCUGGCUUAUUCAGGAAAUGAAAGAAUGGUUCAGGUUUCUUCCUCAGUCAUUUUCAUUGAUGUGUCUGCACCUGCUGAGGCAGGUUAUAAGGCCCAGCCAACCAUUGAUGCCAAGCUGCCCUUUGAUUUUUUCUUCCCAUUUAUUUAAAAUUUUACACAUUAAAGGGCGCUCUGGUCCUUUGAGGUACAUGUAAAAAGCUUUAUAAAAUGUACAUAUGAAAAGACAAAGUUAUACUCUAUAACUGUACUGCAAAAUGAUUCAUUUAUCAAGAAUAAAGUUUGUAUUUUUCAGAAAA